GCAGGUUGGCUCUGGACGCCUCCGUCCUUCUUCCUCAAGAACCAUCGCCAACCACCAGAGUAGCAGAGAUACGAAGAUCGUCAGUUCUAUCCGCGCAUCCACCCACAAGAGAACAAGAUAUAAUUAGUGGCCCUGAUGAAUCCGAAGGGAGCCCGGUACUUCGGCUUCAACUUUUUGAUGCCGAAUCCCACGACGGUCGACUUCUGCCCGGGCGCUGCGUGCAGGACGAUGAGUGACUUCCUGAAGUGUACCGCCGCCGCGACCGCAUUUCUCAGGGCGUCGAUGAAGCUCAAGGCUGCCGCCGAUCUCAACAAGUUUCCGCGGACCGUUGACGGACUGAACAAGUUCUUUGAGCACCCCGGUGGCGAUGGCGUGUUUCUAGCUUCCCUGUUCGCGGAUCAUUAUAACCACAAAACGCCGAAGCCGAUCACUACCGUGCCGACCAUCAAGGUCGCGGGCGUGGGGUCCGGUGCAGGUAAGGUCCAAGGCAAGGGAGGCGCGGGUGUCGGGGUGCAGGUACGCGCCUGAUCUAUCGAUAAGACCACCUCGGCGGAGCACGGUCUUCCAUUGCUCAUUUGAAGAACUGUCGUGAAAAGAUACAGCAGUCUAAGAUGGACCAAGGUCGUACGUAAACAAAUCCAUCCUGGACCGACUUGGUAGUUC